AUGUUAUAUUUUAACAACGUAAACUUAGAUCCCCUCACGGAGACGUACGGUUUGUCUUUUUACACCCAAUAUCUCGCUCAUUGGCCGGAAUAUUUUCAAGUUGCAGAAUCGCCUAGCGGUGAAAUCAUGGGAUACAUUAUGGGAAAAGCUGAAGGGCAUGGAGAAAAUUGGCAUGGCCAUGUGACAGCUUUAACUGUAAGUCCAGAUUAUAGAAGGUUGGGUUUAGCUGCUACAUUAAUGAAUAUUCUUGAAGAAGUCUCUGAAAAAAAAAAGGCUUACUUUGUUGACCUGUUUGUAAGAGUGAGUAAUAAGGUUGCAAUCAAUAUGUACAAAAACUUAGGAUACAUUGUUUACCGAACAGUGUUAGAAUAUUAUUCUGGAGACCCUGAUGAAGAUGCUUAUGAUAUGAGAAAGGCUUGUUCAAGAGAUAUUAAUAAAAAAUCAGUGAUACCAUUAUCACAUCCUGUACGUCCAGAAGAUGUUGAU